GCCAAGGCGGAGGGCACCCGGGGCUUUCCUCUCGAGGGGCAGGAUGGCUUUCCUCCCAGGUGGAUGGUGGCUGCUCUGCGUCGCCGCCUCGGCCUCCUCCGCCUCUUCGGCGCGCACCGGCGGGGGCGAGGGGGCCAACAAGGCCAGGAGCUGCUCCGAGCUCCGACAGCUCUACGGGGCCAAAGGCUUCAGCCCCAGCGGGGUGCCCCAGGCCGAGAUCUCCGGGGAACACUUGAGGAUUUGCCCGCAAGGUUAUACUUGCUGUACCAGUGAGAUGGAGGAGAAUUUUGCCAACAAGAGCAAGAGUGAAUUUGAAGGGAUGCUGAAAGAAGCCAUGCGCUCAGUGCAAGUGAUCUUAACAGCCCAGUACAAGAACUUUGAUGGUUAUUUCCAGGAUUUGUUGAACAAGUCAGAGAAGGCCCUUUAUGAAACAUUUCCUAAUAUGUAUGGAGAUCUUUACCUCCAGAAUGUAAAACUUUUCAAAGACUUAUAUAGUGAGCUGAGACGUUACUACCGUGGUUCCAACAUCAAUCUUGAAGAGGCCCUUAAUGAGUUUUGGACUCGCCUGCUAGAGCGGCUCUUCAAGCUUAUGAAUCCUCAGUACCACCUUCCUGAUGAAUAUGUGGACUGCAUGGUGAAGCAUUCUGAGCAGCACAAACCAUUUGGAGAAGUUCCACGGGACCUGAAGCUGAAGGCAACAAGGGCCUUCAUUGCAGUUCGAUCUUUUGUGCAAGGCCUUGGAGUAGGCAAUGAUGUUGUGCGCAAAGUCUCCCAGGUCCCACUGAGCCAGUAUUGCAGCCGGGCCAUCAUGAAGCUGAUGUAUUGUGCCCAUUGUCGUGGUAUGUCGAAUGUCAAACCAUGUAACAGCUACUGCCGCAAUGUCUUGAAAGGCUGUGUGGCCAACCAAGCAGACCUUGACCCUGAAUGGAAGAACCUAAUAGAUGCACUGCUCAUGGUAGCUGACCGUUUUGAUGGACCAUCCAAUGUAGACAUAGUCAUUGGUACAAUUCACACCAGGCUUGCAGAAGCCAUUUCUAACAUGCAAGAGAACAGAGACUCAAUAACAGCAAAGACCUUUCAAGGCUGUGGAAAUCCUAAAAUCAACCCUAAAGCUUCCAACAUUGAAGAUAAAAAGAAGCGGGGAAAAUAUGUCAGUGAAGAUAAACCUUCGCAGCUUAGCUCAGAAAAACUUGUUUCAGAUGCCAAAGGAAAGUUGAGAGACAUCAGGGACUUCUGGGUCGCCCUUCCAACUACACUUUGCAAUGAAAAAAUCUCAUCUGGUUCUGUGAAUGAAGACAAGUGCUGGAAUGGGAUGACCAAAAGCAAGUAUCUUCCCGAUGUGAUGGGAGAUGGUCUAGCCAGUCAAAUCAAUAACCCAGAGGUGGAUGUAGAUGUCACCAAACCAGAUAUGACUAUUCGCCAGCAAAUCAUGCAGUUAAAAAUUAUGACAAGUCGAUUGCGCAAUGCGUACAACGGGAAUGAUGUAGAUUUCCAGGAUACAAGUGAUGACAUCAGUGGCUCUGGAAGUGGUGACGGCUGUCCUGACGACGUCUGUGGCAAAAGACUGUCCAAGACCAUCAGCACCGGGCUGCCAGAGAUACACGCCAUGCCUAAGCAGUCUGGACAAGGUGUUGGGGGCAGCAGCAGCCACAACAGCAGCAACAGCAUACUUCGGCCUUCUUCUUUUCUUUUAUCACUUACUCUGGCUGUGGCCGCAAUGCAGUACCUGUGGCGAUAACUUGUUUACGCAGCCUCAAAAAUUGACUGUGGUGGUUGAGGUCUCAAAUUUGCCAAAAAUGUGGACUUAUUUAAUUCAUCUUGGCAAAAUGAGGGAGAUAAAAAGUUCUUGAUUGUUUGUGAUAACCUGGCAGUGCUAGAACUGGUCUUAUUUUAUUUUUGGUCUUUUCAAAUGCUGGGCCCUUCUUUCUGUACCUCAUUAUGAAGAAAAAAGAAAGGAAAAAAGUCAUUCAUUUGCCACAAAAGAGGUACCCAGGGGGAUGCAAGAGAUCUUGGCAGAAAGGUUUAAUGGGGAGGAAAACAAAUGACCCUCAAGGCGAUACCAUUUUUAUCGACUGCAAUAAAAUAUGCAAGUUUAUCUCAAAUUCUUAUUUAACUGUAGCCAAGACUGUGCUACUUCAGUUUAGGACAAUACACCUUUUUAAUUUCAGGAUUUUUGGAAUUUUAUCAUGGGGUGGCCAUUCAUAAUUUUCCAUUAAGCCAGUGGCAAAGGGCCUCUCCUUUGCUUUGAUCCAGGAUUACAUUUUCUGUGCAAAGCCAGUGAGCAAAAGGAUUCAUUCUCCAAGGGUGUGGGGUGAAUAUUUUUAUCUGCUGACAUCAGUAAUUAAAACCACCAAAUAUUCCACUUACAUCUAAGUAAACUGGAACGAGACUGGUUUUGCACGAUCUUUUGAAAGUAGCAAUCAAAUUGGUAAAAUGCAAUACAGAGUUGUAAUAUGCAACAUUGCGACAGAAAUAUGCAUGGGAGACUGUUGGGCAAGCUCCAUUUCAGUCUGUGGCUGAAGAUCUUCCUAUUAUGUACAGGGACAACAGUCACCUCUUACCAAAGGGAUAAUGCAAAGAACUGUUUUUGUGAGGUUGUGUGUAUUAACUACUUGUCCUGUUAGCAAAGUGGCAAAUUGAAAAUACCAGGGAACUGUUAGAUACUAUCCAACAUCCUUGGAAAUCCUUGGAUAAUGUAUUUGGAGAUAAUAUCAGAUUUUCAAGUGACUGGUGGUCCUGCCUAUAGUCCCAUCAAUUACGUUGAUGGACAUCAAGCCAACCAAAGCCAUAGUUUGCACUCAAAUCAGCCAAAUGCCACCUUUUCUCACCUUGUGUGGCAGAAUUAAUCCUACGUUGUUUGUAACCAUUUUGUAGUACAAUCUCAUCACUUCAGCAGAUUCUUUUUUUAUUAGAAUAAUUGCCAGGUACAUUGUUUGAUAUCAGGUUGGCUGAAUUGCAGAAGAGAUAACAUAUUUUUCUGUUGGGGUAAGUUUUGCUUAGAAGACCUACAGCCAUAAACAUAUUUUCUUUUUUCAGAAACACUUAGCAUAUUAAGGUAUUUCUGCUCCUUUGACUGAACGAUGGAAAGCUCUUGAUGUGAACUUUGCUCUUUCCUCAGUUUGCUUUGCAUUGUGAUUUUACUGUUGGGAAGCUAAAGGUAUGUGAAAACAUAUUUUUACUUCAAAAACCAUAUAGGCUGUGCACAAAUGUUGAAACAUUUCUACUGUGUGUCUUGCAUCAGAGACAAAUGUUGUGUUUCUUAUCAACAGCAUCCAAAAAAGCACACUCAGCUAUACGUAAGGGGAGCAUUUCAAGCACCAUGGCAUUAGAAAUGGUGAAACAGUAGGCACGCAAAUUAAUUCAGUUAGCUUUCCCAUUCCUGGUCCCAUUGGCUUUUUUGUAGCACAGGGAAAAAUAUUUUUCAGUUAACGCCAAUCAGUACUACAGAUUCCAGUAGCACUGCUAUUGGAGGUUUUGUUCCCAACUACACCUGUUUUGCACAAAUUUUUUUACAGCCUUUGUGAGAACGAUGUCCAUGUUCAUUAUUAAUCUUGUCAAUCUAGGUAUUCUGGAUUUCAAUCUUUUAUUUAUCAUUUCAGAAGCAAAUUGAGAAUACAGUUAUGAUGUAUUUAGAAAACCACAAACAAAAUUAAAACUUGGCAUUAUGCCAAAUUUCUUUUGACCAGAAGCUGGCCACUUGGAGUGCCUCUGGAGUCGCUGUAAGGAGGUCCUCCAUUGUGCAUGUGGCAGAGCUCAGGCUGCAUUGUAGUAGGUGGUCUGUGAUUUACUCUUCUCCACACUUGCAUGUCGCAAACUCCACUUUGUAGCCCCAUUUCUUAAGGUUAUCUUUGCAUCUUGUGGUGCCAGUGCGCAGUCUGUUCAGCGCCUUCCAAGUCACCCAGUCUUCUGUGUGCCCAGGGGGGAGUUUCUCAUUUGGUAUCAGCCACUGAUUGAGGUUCCAGGUUUUAACCUGCCACUUUUGGACUCUCACUUGCUGAGGUGUUCCUGCGAGUAUCUCUGUAGAUCUCAGGAAGCUGUUUCUUGAUUUAAGUCAUUGGCACCCUGGCUGAUAACUGAACAGAGAAUGGGCUAGAGAUGUCAAUGCCUUGGCCUUUCAUUAUUGGCUGCUACUUCCCGACAGAUGUCAGGUGGUGCAAUACCGGCUAAAUAGUAUAAUUUCAGUAGUGUGGGGCGUAGGCAUCCUGUGAUAACGCAGCAUGUCUCAUUAAGAGCUACAUCCACUGUUUUAACAGUUCAACCAUUCUUAAAAUAAUUCUAAAUACAAAUGAGGUGUGAAAAGUAAACCUUGCCUCCUUUGAAUGUAAGCUCAAAUACCAGAAAAGUAGACUGUCACAGUCAAAUAGUGUUGUUUACAGAAACAAACUGUCAUAUGCAACACAGGAGAAAAUGGAACAGCUAUCAUUUUCUUACCCAUUAAUGAAAUGUUUUGCUAACCUGCUGGAGAGCUGUAAACUAACACAAUCCAGGACCUUAUUUAAGACUCCCAACUAUGUGUAAUGCCUUCAGUGUGUCAGGUUCAAAAAUGUAGGCCUGCCAAAAUCACAUCUAAAAUAGAACAGUGUUUUCAUUUGGGUAAAAUUGGUAUAGCAAAAGCAGUAUGCACAUAAGGAAAACAGAUGGCCCACUAAUAUAGCUCCAGACAUUCAGAUCUUGGAAAGUUAUUUUUUUGGACCACAACCUACAAAAUCCCUCAGCCAGGAGGGCCACUGUUUGGGCUGGUCCAAGUGAACCUGGGUUCUGUGGUCCAAACAAUCCAAACUUUUUCGAGUUUGAUCGUAUGAUUCCUCCAACAAGAUUCCCAGACCAAAAAGCUGACAGUGUUAGGAAACUAGCUUUGCGAAGGAAGCAGGCUGAGUUCCAUAUGCCUAGAUGUCACUCUUACUUGACGAUCUGACCAUUCCUUCCUCUGCUUUUCUACACAGUGGGAAAGACCCAGACUUAAAUGCUUCUGAUGCUGUCAGAUGUCAUUUGAGUCUAAG